UUCUCCAUUUUUGUUGCUUUAUUCAUAUUCUUGACAACUUACAUCUUUUAUUUAUAAAAGUCCCUUGUUAUUUGUGAUAUUAUAUUUAUUGAAUUACGCGAAUAUAAAAAAAAUUGCGUAAACUCAAACUGAGGUGGUCUGAUUUAGCUAAAGUCUGGUAACUAGCCCCUUCAUAGGUGCUAAGUCAGCAUGCUAGUUUGAUUAUCUCCAAAAAAAAAAAAAACAGGGUGUUUGGACCAGACAACACACUGACAGUAAUAAAAUGGGAUAAACUUGUAUAAGUAGCCUUAAAACUAACAAGAAGUCAGGGUGACUUGGAGUGCACUGAGCUUUUAAGUUAGCUUAGUAACACAAAUGCUACCUAGCUAGCCUAGUUAGUUAGCUAAAGCUAAGAGUCUGUUCGUUCUGAUUAUAAAAGCUAAAGUACAGCCAGGAAGCCGAAUAUCAGCAAAAUAUCCUCUUUUGUCCUUUUAUACGUUUGCUUAUUAGAUAACUGAGGAUUAUUAUUAUAUUUUUUUUUAAAUUGACGUCACCCUAUGGACCAGGACAAUAAUUCAGAGGAGGAAUCUGUUGGUAUAUUAGAGGAUGAUGCACAACAACGCUAUUCACUUGAACCAGACAUGGAAGCGGUCGAGGUGUUGUGGCAGAUGCGGGCUCAGCGGAGGCAGACCAACCCUGAACUGCCCGACACAGUGACUCGGCUCACUACACCAGAGGGCAGCGUGGUCUAUCUGGUGGGCACGGCUCACUUCAGCGACAGCAGCAAGAAAGAUGUAUCUACGACGAUCCGUGCGGUGCAGCCCGACGUGGUGGUGGUGGAGCUGUGCCAGUACAGAGUGUCCAUGCUAAAGAUGGACGAAAAGACGCUGCUCAAGGAGGCUAAGGACAUCAACCUGGAAAAGGUCCAGCAGGCCAUCAAACAGAAUGGCGUGAUGUCAGGCCUUAUGCAGAUCCUGCUGCUAAAAGUCUCCGCUCACAUAACUGAGCAGCUGGGCAUGGCGCCUGGAGGAGAGUUUAGAGAAGCCUUCAAAGAGGCAGGUAAAGUACCCUUCUGUAAGUUUCACCUGGGAGACAGGCCAAUCCCAGUGACGUUCAAACGUGCCAUUGCUGCUCUGAGCUUGUGGCAGAAAGCUCGGCUUGCCUGGGGCUUGUGCUUCCUAUCUGACCCCAUCAGUAAAGAGGAUGUGGAAAAGUGCAAACAGAAGGAUCUGCUGGAACAGACAAUGUCGGAGAUGAUUGGCGAGUUUCCCGCAUUGCACCGCACCAUUGUUGCAGAGCGAGACAUCUACCUCACCCACACACUCAGACAGGCUGCUCGCUGUGUUGAGGCGCCACCUAAUGGCCAGAAAGUGCCUGCUGUGGUGGUGGGAGUGGUCGGAAUGGGCCAUGUUCCUGGUAUUGAGAAAAACUGGGACAAAGAGCUUAAUAUUCAUGAGAUCAUGAGCGUGGCGCCACCAUCUCGAUUUGGCUGGGUGCUGCGUACUGUGUUGAAAGGGGCCUUGCUUGGUGUUCUGGGAUAUGCCUGUUACCGUGCUGGAGGAUGCGUCGGGAGGGCGUUUCUCUCCCUACCUGUUGUCCAGUCAGUGCGGAAUUUACGACCGCCUCCUGCCUGACCUAGAGCUUCAACAAAGACUUUAAUAAAUGUUAUAUUACGCUAAACACCAAUUGCCUUAAGAUGAGAGACUGAGAAGAUGAGGGUAUGAUGUGGCUCAUAUUCUCUAAACAAAACCGGGAUUUUGGAACUUGAGAACUUGGAGCAGCCCUCGGUAAUCUCUUCUCUCUUUACUCUGCGCUCCAGCAAGCAUGGAGCUGUACUGCCAAAAUAACUCGGACAGUACUUUCUGGUUUCUUUCUCCGGUUUUCAAUUUUCUUACAAUUUAGUACGUGACAAUACUGUUCAGUAUAGCAUGUUGGCUCCCUGUGGUUCCUACAUUUUAAAUGAUAAAGUAGAAAGACGAAAGUGUCAAAUUACGGGAUUCUUGGAGAUGUCUAGUCUGUCUACAUGUUUCCAGUUAUGGUAGCAGGACCGUGAAUUAAAUAUGCAACAUAAGAUCCAAAUGUUCAAGAUUUUACAUGAAUUAUGAAUAACAUGUCAGUGCUAAAGAAAGCGCAUAAAUGAUGCAGCAACUUUUUUGCUUCUACCCUGCAAAAUAAAAUCAUAUUUCAUAAUUUUGACUACCAAGUAAAAGUAAAUACACAAGUUUCAUAUUGUAUUAUGAUUUUUACCAAGCAUUGCUUCAUAGAAAAGAUUUGAAGGUUUAACAUGAAGUGAGUGUUUAUGCUAUUUCUUUAAAUCUAGGAGAACACUGGAGUCUGGGGGAACAUAAUCACAAUUCAAAGAAACUGCCCUAUUUAUACUUGAUCUUUUUCUACCAUCAUGGGAAAAAGCAUCUUGCAGAGGUGAUAAACCAUGCCAACAUACUGGACUUGUCUCACCAGCUAGAUCUGUCUGAGUACUGCUUUUUAAAUACCUGUAGUGUAAGGUUAAACGAAAGAGAGGUGAGCAGAGAGUUGGUCCAGCUUGAGAUAAAGCUAUAUCUAGGUCAUCUGACAAGUGCCUCCCAUCAUGUCACUUGAACAAGGGCUACCAAACACAAGUUGACCAGAUCAAUCUGAUCGGUUUUAUUAAAUUUUAAUCAACUUAAGGUAUUUAAUUUAAAAUAUCUGCUUAAUUGAUAAUCUUGUUUGCAGACCUCUGCUUAAGUCUUUGUGUUGCAAUUACGCCUAACUUGCGAGCUAAAUAUUUGACAAGUAAGCAAUAUCAUUCUUGUCACAGCAUCAUGCAUAAAUAUUCACCCACUUUAAAAUUUUCCAUACUUCUGUAGUGGACCAGCUUAAAAUUUUAAUGGACUUAGCUGGAAUUUUUCAACCAUUUAAUUGACGCAGUUUGGUCAUUUGCCAAUUCCCAUUGCAUAAAUUUUAGAAUCCUGUGCUUUCUUCCCUAUUAUCCUCUGCCUUAUAUACUGUGGUGUACUUUUGUACAUUUAUGUAGCAGUAUUAGAUCAUAAUUCAGCACCGAUCUAAGGAAAUCAGUAUUUUAUUUUUAAAGCAAUAUUACUUACGAAUGUGUUAAAAGCCAACCUUUGUUGGAUUGUAUUUCAGAUCUCCCCCCAGGACCCAGAACUCUGAUUUGAAUCUCUUUUAGGGAGGCAGCAAAUGUGCAGCAAAUGUCUGUAGUUUUAAUGUCUCUCCAUUCUAUUCAUUAUAAAUGUUCACUGCAUUGUAUAAGUGGAUAGUACUAAAGAAUUGAGUUGUUAUAUUUUGCUGAAAAGCCUAAUGCCCAAUCAAAACAGAACGGACCUGUAUGACUGAAACCCCCAAUAAACUAGACUUUUCAAC